UCACAUGACUCUUAACACAACACUCAAAAGUAAAAGAUAGAUUAGAUUAGAAAAAGAAAAGAAGAAGGCAACCACAAUGAAGCUUCCCAUACAAUAGAAUAAUAUGAUAUCAUAAAAUAUCCUAAUUUUCAAUUCAUGAGUUGUUAUUGCUGUCUAUUAGAAGGAUAGAUAGAACAAGGCACACGAGCCCUUUUUAUUAUAUUUAACCUCUCCCAAAAUAUAAAGGACUCUUAUUUUCUCACCUACCAAUAAAAACAAAAAUAAAUAUAUAAAUUUCUGUUAUCUCGAUUUUCUUCAAGAAAAUUAGAAAGGUCCAAUUACUCUACUCUACUACUCAAAACUUUUCUUUUCUCAGAGGGAAAAAAAAAAAAAAAAAGAUAAUGUGCACAACCAAAAACAAUGGCGAAACGGCGUCGUCUACGACGGAGGUAGACUGGAGAGAGGAAACAAUCAACGGUGGAUCUUUAAAACACGUGGACUUACACAAAGGAUCCAACGGCUGGGCAUCGCCGCCGGGAAAUUUGUUUUCUCUCCGAUCAAAACAGUAUUUGUCGAAGAAGACCAAGUCUCCGGCGUCCGUGGAUUAUCUGUUGAAGCCAACCGCCGUUGACUGGCUUCGGUCAACGUCGAAGCUUGAGCACGUGCUGUCACGUGCUGAUAAUCGUGUUAUGCGCGUGCUUCGUUCUCGCCAGGCUGAUGGUAGCUUCUUGAAGUCCUUUGUCUUCGCCAUUAAUCUUCAAGUUCCAGGGAGAGAGCACCAUAAUGCAGUAUUCUACUUCUCAACAGACGAGCCGAUUCAACCCGGCUCGUUAUUAGACCGGUUCAUAAAUGGCGAUGAUGCAUUCAGAAACAGCCGAUUGAAGCUAGUGAACAGAAUAGUGAAGGGACCAUGGAUAGUUAAAACAGCUGUGGGAAACUACAGCGCAUGCCUGUUAGGGAAGGCAUUGACAUGUAGAUAUCACAGGGGACCGGACUACUUGGAGAUUGAUGUUGAUAUUUCGAGCUCAAAGAUAGCUGGUGCGAUGGUGCACUUGGCGUUGGGGUGUGUUACGUCUGUAACAAUUGACAUGGGGUUUGUGGUGGAAGGUCAGAGUGAGGAGGAGUUGCCGGAAAAGUUGAUUGGGGCAGUGAGGAUUUGUCAAAUGGAGAUGGACUCGGCUGAGUUUGUUGACUCAAACACGCCGUUGUGUAAUGGGGUUGGUGUGGGAAGGUUGGGGUUGGCGAAGGUGAAUCAUGUGGAUGGAGAAGGAAGUAGUAGUGAUCAAUCUCCAAGAGUUCAUUCUUAGCAGUAAAUUGUUUUUAGAAUUAAUUACUAGGAUUAAUAACUAGUAAUACUUGAGUUAUUGCUGGACAGUCUUUGUAUUUAACAUUUAAGCUUACAUUAUCACAUGAUCAAAUGCGUCGAGAGUCAUUUAUCAUACAUUCAUAAGGCGUCAUUGUUGACAAUUGUAGUAUGGUUGGUUGGUGAUGGUUGGUUGUUUAGGUUGGCUUAAGUAAAUCAAUGUGACUGAAGAUGGAUAGCCGAGGGACCGGGGUGAUUGGGAGAUCAACGAUUCAACGGUGGCGGAUGCGAUGAUGCAAUCGAGAAACAAUGGUAGUGAAGAUGAGGGGGAUGUGUUGGUUAUUAUUUUGACUUAUACUUGUGUACUACUCUUUCAAUGCAUGAGAUGAUGUAUACACAAAGUGUUAAAGUAUGCUGUCAAACCCUUAAGUGAAUGGGGACUGAUAUGAUGGUUUGAUUUUGUAAGAUUGCCAGCCAUACCUUUAUAAGUUGGAAUUUGUCUACAUAUUUAGUUGGCGUUCUACAAAAUUCUUUGCUUUCCACUUGAUUUGUACUAAUACAGGCAAAAAAAUGUUCAAGAUUCAAGCUCAUUAUUUUGAUGUUUCUUAAUUUUUUUUUAAUUUUUUUUUUGGUGCAAAUGUUUCUUAAAGUUUAUUACUUGUACUAAUGUACUAUUCCACUUUAACAGGGUACCAUAACUCCAAUGCUUAUAGUUGGAUAUUGGUUGUUUAAAUGGA